AGUCGUCGAGUUCAGUCGUAUCGAGUUAUAGAAAUCGUUGCACAUCUGCUGUCGUCGAAGCAAGAGUUUUUCAUCAUCAUUGAUUGAGGAAAAAAGUUGUUUUAGAAGUGAGCAAUACAAUUUUAUAGUGCUUGUAAUUUUUUUGGGGGUAUUGUUAGUCCGGAAGAAGUCGCCCUGAAAGGUUAUCUAGCGGAAGUGGAAGCAAAAGGUACAUAUAUUUGGUUAGGCUAAAAUAGCGCUCCUCGAGUUGACGGAGGCAAAAAAUUGAAUUCAGCCAGCAGAAGGAAAACGAAGGUGGUUGCACCGAACGAUCGAAAAGAAAGCUCUUACACCGAUUUUUUUUUCGCUGUCUUUCUCUGAUAGGCGACUCGAUCCGAUACCAAUAGAAAAAAAAAAACCAGUUUAAUUUCUAAUACCUCGCCUCUUGUGGAUCGUGAUUGUUUUUUAGGGGUUGUCUUCUUGUUGGCAUCGCGCGAUUUGCCUUGGGAUAAUUGGACACACAUCGAAUUUUUGGUGUACCCCGCGGGAAAAAAGGUGUGACAUUUCCUUGUUCCUGUGUGUUUUCGGUGUGGAUAUUUUCCGCUCUAUAGUGUGCUUUGUGCAAGUGGUCUCGCAUUUCCGAUUUUCCCCUGUUGUGAAAAGUUCCAAUUUGGUGGUUUUUGCGCUGGGUAAUGAGCAAAAUCGACGCUAUACAAAUUUAAAAACUCAAAUAUUCUAGGGUAAUUAUUGUGCAAAUCCAUGGUGCUCACAGCGUAGUAGAAUUCCUAAGCGAAAAAAUUGGUGUAAUCUGGCAGGGAAUUGCUAAGAAAGCAAAAUAAAUCUGCAUCGCAGCAAGCUGAGAAUUCGAGGAUAGCAAAAAAAUAGGUUGGCAAAUGGAGAGAGAUUUUUCGGUUCGAUUGGCCGCCUCGGUUUCAAUUUAGUCUUUUGUGUGCCUAUGCCUACUUAGACCAAGAAGAUCUCUAGCUAGCCCAGCCUCAGCCCAGAGCAGAAGAAAGGAUUCGAGCAAAAAUAUCAUACACACGAUUGUUAUGCACUCUGCAAGAGCAUUUUCGCGUGUGCACCCAUCAGUGCUUCUCGUAAAUGUACACAAAUAAUUAAGCCAAGAAGUUUUAUAGCCCUGCGAAAAGGGAACGAAAAGAAAGAUUGUGCCUCCUAGCGUGUGGUUAAGGCCAUCACAUUAUUCACAACAAACAAGUUGUUGGAUCCAUUGACGCGACCAGCUGCAAUAAAAUCGAAGAAAACAAAAAUCGGAGUAGUGUGUGAUUGUUCAACGACGAGACCCCGGAGAGACGAAGAGCCAGAAGACUGUAUUUUUACCAUUUGUGUGUUGUUAUAGCCUGUUUCAAAGCAAAACCCAAAAUAAGGUCAUUUACAAGUGAUAGUUGAAUCUUUAAAAGGGAGAAGAAGAAGAAGUUAUUAAAAAAAAAAACAAACGAAACCAGAAGCAACGUUUUACCGGAGUGUGAUCAUUCGCCAUUUUUUGUAGCCAAUUUUGCUAAACGAAAAGUAUCGUAUAAAACAAGAAAAAAAUCACGUUAUUGUUGGUGUAUCUAACUUGUUGAGAAAAUAACGGCAGCGCACAGUGUUGUACCUUGUAAGAAGAAUUUCCCCCAAGCGUUUCCUAGAAAUCUGUUUCAAAACAUCAACGUGAGCAACAACGAACCGGUAGCGUAGAUCCGUUUUCCUGUUGAAGGGGAAACAGAAGAAAAAAAGCUAGAAGUACGAUUGUAGGCAAACCGGAUAGAGAUACCAAGAUCUAUCGGAACCGGACGAGAAGACUCGUCUCGGUUCGCUAGCCAAGUGAUAUUCGUAGUGUUGCCCUGAUCCCGAACGAGGCCACCAUUGCCCAACUUCCUCAUCACCUGCUCCCCUACUGCCAAUCGCAGCAGCAGCAGCAGCAUCAGCAGCCGCAAGGGCAGCAGUUUUUUAUUCCCCUGUCAGGACUCAGUUCCGGAACAACAGCCGCCACCACGGACGCCAAACUGGCCGCCCACAUCCAUCCCACGGAGCAGCUGGCCGUGGCACAUCACGGCACCAUGGCCAUCCCGAAUCCGGCCGGCCAGCUCGAAGGCGCACUGGCGGCGCCCAAAUAUGGAACCCUGAUCCCGAACCGGGUCUUCGUGGGUGGAAUCAGUGGCGACACGACGGAAGCGGAACUGUGCCGGUUAUUCUCCUCGUACGGCAACGUCAAGUCCACGAAAAUCAUCGUCGACCGGGCGGGCGUCAGCAAAGGCUACGGAUUCGUGACGUUCGAGACCGAACACGAAGCCCAGAGACUGCAGAGCGAUGUAAGUAUGAAGGGCGAUUGUAUCGUGCUGAGGGAUCGCAAGCUGAACAUAGCACCAGCGAUUAAGAAGCAAACGAUCUGCGCGACGAACGGUGCCGUGUACUAUGCAGCCACGCCCCCAACUCCGACGAUCAGCAAUAUCCCGAUCGAGCAGUUUGCCACAGUCUAUCCGCCAGGUGUGCCAACCAUUUACCCGCCAACGAUGACGCCGUAUCAGCCCUUCUACCAGUACUACAGUGUGCCAAUGAAUGUUCCGACUAUUUGGCCUCAGAACUAUCAAGGAAUCUAUCCUUGUUAAGUGAACAUGAGAUCAAACUAGACAAACAGAAUCUUAUUUAUUAUCAUGAGUAAUAUUUAUACAAGAACAAAAAAAAAACACACACAUCUAUAUAUAACUUAACUAGCAAAAAAAGAAAACAAA